AUGUUGUCUGGAGCGAACAUUGAUACAACCGACUCUCCAGCAGUUAAACUUUUAACAGUCCCGGACUUUAAUCUCUCUGAUUCUCAGCGUCAUAAAAGCGUCCGCUUCGUAGAAGAUGAUAAAUUAGUCACAGAAUUGGAUUUUAAUUGUGCUGAACCAUGGUGCAUUGACCGAAAUACCCCAAAUCAUGUUAUCAUUGAUAAAUAUGCAGAAAGUUGUCUAAAACUAAAUCGUCCUCCACUUUCUACCAUUAUUGAGCAGCUUUCAGAGAUCGCUGCUCCUCUGGCCAAUACCAAAAUCCCCGUUAUCACUCUCAAAGGUACUCAACUAUGCAAGGAGGACAUUCAGGGCCUUGAGGAGAUUUUUAAAUACUGUGAAGUUUAUCAUCUUAAUUUUGAGAACACUAAUCUUACUGACAACACGUUAUCCGAUCUUUUGGAUGCACUCGAUUACUACAAACCCUGCAGUGAACUCUGUCUUGCACGGAAUAAGAAAAUCGCCAGCAAUGGAAUUGAAGUAAUCGGAAAUUUCAUUUCUACAUAUACCUCAUUGACAUGGCUUGAUCUUCGUGGCAUUCCAUUAUUGGUGGAGGAUGUGAAGCAUCUUCGUCGUGCAAUAAUUCGACAAUGUGAUGAGGCACGAAAAGCUAUCACUGAUUUCCUUGGGAAAUGUUCGGGUCAGGAGCCUGUGAACCCAGAUUCUGCUCGUGAUGCCGAAGAAGACCCUGAAGCAUUCCGACUCACUUUCAAUGCUUUCAUUUCAAAAAGCCUUGCCACUCCAGCGGCGUUGAACACUAUAUCUGGUGCACUUCAACGCCUUCCACCCCUGUGUCUUCGUGGACUGCAUCUAGGGGAGACGGGAAUUUAUGGGACUGCGCUAGCCGAUAUUGCCACAGCUAUCCGUUUGGCGGGCCAUCUUCGAGAUUUGCGCCUCAAUGGUAAUCGCAUGGGUCCCCGUGAUAUCGAAACUCUUGCCCCUUUGCUGAGAUAUCAUCCCAACCUCCAAGUUAUCGAUCUUAGUAACAAUGACCUUGGGGUUGAAGGCUUUCGGUUAUUGUCAGGCGCCCUAAGCCACCCUUCCUAUCCCUCGUAUUUUCUACGAUCGUCUUCGGCAGAUGAUGCCGAUGGGGAAUCAGGCAGUCGGAAAGAGGCCGUAUGUAAUUUGCGUCGGAUUUACCUCUCAGCUACAGGUCUGUGUUCUGCCGGUGCAAAGCACUUUUCCACCUGUCUCCCAACUCUUGUAAAUCUUACCCACCUGGAAUUGUCUAAUAAUCCCCUCAUGGGAUGCCAGGGCAUGAUUGCUCUGCGCUCCUCCCUUCAAGCCCACUCUCGCAAGCACCUCGUCUAUCUCGGUCUGGCCAAUUGUGGACUCGCUUGUCAAGGGGCCAUUGCCUUGGCUGAAAUUCUUGGCGACUCCCCUCGCGCCCUUCGGCGCAUUGACCUCACUGGUAAUCACAUCGCUGAAGCCGGUUUUAUGGCACUUUCAAAAUCCGUCCCUCUCUGUAGCAGAUUAGUACACUUACAGGGACUUGAGGAUAAUCGACCAAUCGCAACUUCUGAAACAAAAGGUGCUUCUAUCUGGACCCGGCAUCGAUCGACGAAUCGAACCCCAACCCUUCUAGAACCCUCGAAACUUAGUUUGGAUCUAAUUCAAGCCAUUCACUUUCAACUGGCAGUUAAUUUGGAUAAGCAUCUAGUAUCGCAUGGCCGAAAUGCAGUUAAUGGAGGUAUCUCUGGCUUUCCGUCCUUGUCUUUAGAGCUGGACACCGAAUCAGGUGGGUCUUCUCCAUUUCCUCAUGUAGGUUACAUAGAGGGCAUUCUAAACUCAGCAACGGCUUCGAUUCUUGGCCAGUCGGGUAUGUCGGAGAGUGCCACUGUCCACUGUUUCUCCUUUGUUCGAGCUUUGAGUUCGUUGUACCUUGAGGUCUGGAAUUCUCUCCUGAUUAAGGCCUUCAUUGUGUGGAAAGACAUGGGCCGGAUCAUUUCCCCUCAUCGACGAAAAUCGUAUAUGUCUCAAGGUCUUCGUUUUUUCCGAGGGUACGUACGUAUACCACCUUCCACAAGCACUGUUAGGCGAGAAAUAGAUCCUCGGAGUCUCUGUGGUGAUACUAGUGAGAGUGAAUUCAGCAGCAGUGAUUCCGGGGAGGAAGAGGAGGAGGAAUGGAUUAUGAAGGAGACGAAGGAACCGUCCUCAAGUGAUGGGAUUAUUCUGAGAACAAAUUGCGUGGACAACAGAUGA